CUCCCCGUCAAAGCUGAUUUCUCAAAAGAUGGCGAAGACGGGAGAAGCCGAACAGCGGCGCGACGUGGAGCUCGACGUAGCGGCGUCUCUCGCUCGCUCCGAAGUAGGCAAGACGCUCGAGAGCAGCUCAGACUCCUCCUCCACCUGUUCCGAUGCGGACAUGGCGCUGGAAGCCCGUCUAACGUCGCAUUUCAGCUCGCAUGCUGCCUCGGAGGACGAGUCCCAGCUGAUCUCCGCCUUCUUGGCUGCGUCUCGUGCCUCUCAGCUCCUGCUUACGCUCAAACUUUUGGCCAAUCCGGCAGUCAAGCACUUCCCGGAGCUUCUGCAGUUCUUCCUGCGCGUCAUGAUGGCGGCACACGCACGCUCGCACUCGCUGCAUACAGUUAAGGAGCAGCCGGAGGUCGAGUCGUGCUCUUACACACAAAAUACAGCUGAAAACUGCAUCAGCUACGAGCAGGAGGAGAGUUCCUCCGGUUCUACCGGUAUCUCUGUCACUUUCAAGCUGCCCGAGGGCUUCCAUGCGUGUCUGGCGUCGCACUACGGCAGCGUCAAGCGUCUCAAGUGUGAGAAAGUGUGGCAUGGAGACCAUAUGGCGUACAGAUGUCGAACUUGCGGACUCUCGGACUCGAGUUGCAUGUGUCUGGCGUGUUUCGACCCAGAAGAGCACGAGGGACACGACUAUCGAGUGUACCGUUGCUCCUCUGGGGGAUGUUGCGACUGUGGCGACCCGUUGGCCUGGAAACCCGAGGGAUUCUGCAAGAAACACAGCGCGCAGAAGAACAAGACGGGACACAAUGAGCACGAACUGAAGAAGAUGAAGAUGGGAGCAGAAGAAGAUUCUGUGGUGCAGACGCUCAUGAGGAGAGCCAUGGAAUUCUGUGUGGAUGUACUGAAAGAAGUGCAUCUGGCCUGCUUACGUCCGCAUGCCAGUGAGAACCCAGACCCGUUUUACCCAACGAGAUCUCUCCCUCGAACAGGAUUACAGCGCUCGGCGCUCCCGUCGGUCGUCAAGACGCACGUGGACAGAUUACAGCAGACGCUGGCGUGGCUGCAGAUGCUGUCCAUGAGCUGUCUGUACUAUCGCAACAUGAUAUCCGACUUGUUCUUUGAAGAGCUGCCACCCGAUUUUCAGUUGGACGCCGCGUCUACACAGAGUUCGAUGGCAACAGAUUCGUCCAGCCAACCAGUAGAGGAAACACCAGUGGAGGCUACACCAACGAGCGAUGAAUCGGAAGAAGACCAAAUGGAAGACGGAGGACUGAAUCAUGGCCCCAUGCUGAUGCUCGAUGUGUUUCUUAAGGCGGGGAUACUGCUACCAGUGGAGACGUGUGAUGUUCUCGGCGUGUUGUACCUGAAGCUUUUGUUUGACCAGUCGUUCAAACAAAAGUACACAUGUCACUUUGUGGAAUGGUAUCCGUACUUCAUCGAGUUGUACUUAUCAUCCAGCGACGAGAACAACGAGGAUGGCAUGAGGAAUCUGUCACGGUUUAUUGACCGUCUUUUCUGCCAGCUUUUCCACAGCAACGCUCAACUACGUGAACUGGAGACUGUCUUCUCGAUGCGCCCUACAUUUAACCGAAGCGAAACACACAAGACCCGCCGUCGACGACGAAGAUCACACCAUCCUCUUGGUGUACCUCUCUUAACGACCGACUCGACGCCUUCCUCCUGCGUCGAGUGGCUUAUGGUGUUCUUGUUGGAGAAACUGAACGAUCUGUUCCGAAGUACUCUGCGAUUAAUGACGAUCUUGCCACAAUCGCUGAUAGAUGGAACGUCGACUGGUGGUAACGAUACAAAUGGCAGUAGCACGUCGACAGUGGGUAUAGGACCAGUACCAGAGGCUCCUCCGGUAUUGCGGACUGUCCAGGCGGUGGAUUGUGGACGGAAUGUGUUCAAGAAGCGGAUCUAUGCUCGACUUUGCUCGGAUUUGCGAACGCUCCUGGUCCAUCCGCAGAUCGCGGCUGAAGUUUUAUUGCGGUCUUUUCGCUGCAUUGGAGGGGACGAUUGUGCUCUGCAUGAAGCUUCAGUGUACGCGCAGCUCAUGAAGACGUUUGAGUUGCUGCAGCAGAUGGACUUGCAGACCCGUCAUGUACACCGGCAUAUCGAGUACGAGUCACAAAACUGGACCUUUGCGUUUGUCGCAGACUACGAGCUGAAACUGUUGCUGAGUGCGUUUUUAACUGGUAUCCCUACGUGCUUCUCUUGUGAGGUCUGGACGAGCAUUACGACGGGUGAGAACAGUUGGAAUCAAGGAGCUAGAGGAGUCAUUACCGGGGCCACGCCGCUGAAUCCUUUGGAGACUGACACGUUUCGACCUCUUGCGUUGGCUCGAGCGAUUUUGCAUCCCGUACGAGUGUCUUUGAGUCAGUGGGCGAACCGUAAUGGGCGACCAGAGUUUGUAGCUGAAGCAAGCGAGUUAGUUGCAGCAUGUGCAGGACCUGGCGAAGUAUCGAGAGAAAGAGUGGCAACGACGAUGACACAGCUGAUGAAAUACUACGAGCAGGGCACAGUGGCGUUGGGAGGCGCCAGUGCGAAGAGCCUUCACUUCCCGCUGCAUCACAUGUAUGCAGCACUGAUCCAUGCAUUGUGUGGCGUCGUGCGUCCUCAAACGAUGGCCGACUGGCGCGAGUUGCUGGGCAUGGGGUCUGCUAAUGACGAACAACGCAAAGACUUGGCGUUUUGGUAUAGCGUCUUGGAUCAUCCUCUGCGGGUGUUGCUCUUCUCAAGAGAAAUUAAGGCUGGUCUGUGGGUACGAAAUGGCGGAGUGAUGCUGCAGCAACUCAUUCAUUACCACUCGAAGCAUUGGCGAUACUUUGGUCUUCACUCGGAUCUGUUCCUAUGUCAACUUGGAGCUGGUCUUCUACCGCACGGGAGCUUCACGCGUCUCUUCUUUCAUCAACUACCGUUUGGGAUUCGUGGAUCGUCGGUGCUUGGACUAAACUCUUUGAAUGUUGCGAAGGAUAGUGUGAACGUUGACCGCAGUCGUGAGUUGCGUCAAGAAUUGGACGUCGUGGAGGAAGCUCUGCGUCUCCUGCUUCAGAUUGUGCUAGCACCUGUCAAACUGGCCUCUGCUGGCUCACCCGAGACUGCGGCUGUGUGGCUUCUGGAGCGUGAGAUCAUGCAUUGGUUGACACUGGGUCCGUUCACGCGUAGUGAAGUGAUUAUGCGAACGGAUAUGAAGCUGGUGGAGCAGAUAAAGCAACUGUCAACGCACGAGUGGGCGGAGUUAGAAGAGGAAGAAAUCCUUACGCAUGUGUUGGAGAACGUUGGUGUGUAUGAAGACCCGGUUGGAUGUUCCAGUGGCCCUCGAACUGCUCGUAGUGGCAGUCUCUUAGGCUGUGGACUCAAGAUGAGCGGCUCGUGGAAGUUGAAGCCCGAACUGUGGUCUCGAGUCUCUCCUCUAUUCGAGUGCUUCACGCCGUCUGAAGCGCAGCAGUGCGAACAGAAUAUCCGCAAGAACUUACCCAAAUCCAGUGAUCAACAAGGCACAAUCCUGCCUAUGCUACCACGAACACAGCUUGAAGGAUCGAGCGGGGUAGAUAUGCACGGGCUGCUGGCUGAAACGAUGUUGAACUCGUCGUACAUGGUUAGUGUCUUGUUCGUCAUUUUCGAGAACUACAGACGCAGAGUAGUAACACAGCAAGGUCAGCAAGGGGUUAAUGAAGACCAAGACAGCGGAAACUCAGUCACGAACGAGAACCUGCUGCUUGCUGCUCUGCACUGUCUAUACGUGGCAGUUGAAAUGCUGCCAAAGGACCCUCAAGACGCCCAGCUUCACAAGAAGCAUGGUAUUACUGGAAGCAAGCGGAAUUUGGAUGAUAUUGCGCAGUGCUUUGACGAUGAAAGCAGUUUAUUUAUCAAGGUGUGCACUGAGAUACCGAUAGAAGAGCAGAGUGGAGAAUGCGAUGCUGAAUCCGAUGGAAAGGAAGCACCUACGUCUAGCUUGCUAUCGUUGCUCCUGUUCUUCACUGAACGCAAGAGUGCGAUGGAGGAUUCGCAGCCUGUGGUGAAGCUCAUUCUGCGAUCAGUACGCGAGAAAUCGCCAGUCUGCUCGGCGUAUUUGGACGCGAUAAAGCAGAAACAGCUAGAAGCUCACUCGAAUAUUUCCAACAAAGAGAACGAGAACUCAAACUCUACUAGCUGCGAAGACGACAGCGAUGAAAAAGACCCACCAAAGCUCACAGCUAAAGAGAUGAUGAGAAGGCGACAGCAGCAGAUUCUGGACAAGAUGCGGUCCCAGCAAAUGCAGUUUCUGUCUGCUAACAGCGAUACGAUGAACGAGGAGACAGUGAACAAUACUGACGGUCAAGUGUUGAUGGACUCGGACAGUGACAGCUACGAUGAGGCGAUGGAAUCGGAGGAAGUGGAGGAAGACCAUGAGGAAGAAGAUGAGUGGGGGUUCCCUACUGGUCAAGUGGAUGUCCGCUUGUAUCUGGAUCACGUCUCAUCCGCUAUCGCCCAGAUCCGGGAGAAACAGCGGAGAUCUCAAGACCGGAGACGACGACGAAGACGAAGCACUCGGAGUUCGUCUAUCACUGCAGAGAACGACGACAGGGGACGCUCCUCGUCCAUAAAUUACGACUACACCCUAGACGACUCGUGUGAAGAGUGCGGCCUUUGUCGUUUACCGUGCGACCCACGCUCUCGCGAAUCCUCCUUCGGCUUUGUAGGCAUGAUUCUACCCACCAAUAUGCCCCAGAGAAUCGAGAAAGGAGCGUCAAACUCCGUCGUGUCUUCGCGCCUCCCGUCUCUGCGUGUACUGAAACCCGGAACAACCGAGGAAAUGCGCUUGCAACUCGCAGACAGCGUCAUCUGGAGCUGUGGCCACGCUAUUCAUCACGCGUGCUUAAAGGCGUAUCUCAUGUCAUUGUGGAAGCAAAAGCACGGCCGAAGUCCUUUGGAAAUGGCCAGUAGCGAGGACCGCCUGCUCAGUGAACGCGACAUGGAGUUCGUGUGUCCGAUCUGCCGUCGACUGUCGAAUUGUCUCGUCCCACGCGUGUCUUUGGGGGAGCUUAGAGAACGAGCGUCUGCCUGUGAGUUCAUGAGGACGGAGUUUUCAGACGAGGAAGAAGAAGAGAAGAAGGACGACGGACAGGACCCCUUGGCGUUCCUGCAGUGGCUGGACGCCCAGAUGAGCUUUAGAGAUGAUUCCCCGGUCGUCAAGCGACGACGCUCGCGGACUCAGUCGAGUUUACGGCUAAGGCGACGUUUGUUAUCGUCCAGUUCGAAGACGUCGUUGUCUCCUGGCUCGCAGUCGUCCGGUUCGCUGUCGUCUCCCGGUGAACGGGAUUGUACCGAGCAAGACGUGAGUGUAGAGCGGGAGAUUGGAGCGUUCUGUCAUGAAGUUGUACUGCGUUCUGUACGUGCACAACUUUAUCUCCCGACGCUGCUUACCAGCUCCAUUCGUGACGAAGGCAGCUUGGACUUGGAGAUGCAGCAGCUUAGUUCGGAAUGUGGCGCUCAAACGCCGGCGUGGCAGUUGCUUCUGCACUGUCUUGAAGUGCAGCUACGCGUGGUAGCACGUGAGAAGACUAUGUUACAGACGGAUAGCGUGGACCCGUUGCAGCUUCGUUCGAUGCGUCAACUUGCAGACAUCACGGCGGCUGCUGUCGCGUUCUCGACCCCGAGUUCGUUGGCGUGGACUGUGGUGGAGGCGCCGGCGGAGAAACAGUUCGAGAGCGUCAUGACGCGACUGAAUGGACUGAUAUUUGGACAGCAAGUUCUCUUUGCAGAAGACGAAGAUGCGUGUAGUACCAAGUGGAGUAUGCGCGACCAGCUGCAAGGAGACGCGGACGACGCGACGGAUGCAGCACUAGUGGGCACGCCGAUGCUGUGCCACCCGCGGUUGCUCACGUGCUUCGCAAUGCGUAUGAUGUGGAGACAGAGCAUUGCAACACCCAACACGGACGUAGCAGCGGAGCAACUACUCACUGAGGCGUUCUUCUCGUCGCGCGUAUUAUUCACAGCUCAGGUGUUGCAGGCGCUGGCUUAUCUAUCGAUACAGAAUGACUGCAAAGCGGAGAACGGAGAAGUACCGAAGGAGAUCCGCGAAUUUGAAGACGUCGAGUCGCUUCGCGACGCAUCUGCGUGGAUUUCACUGAUGCUGGCGCGGUCUCGCUUGGUGGACAAGUCGGUACGGACGUCUGAUGUUAAACCAGCGAAAAGGUGGAGCACGGGGGCGAUGGAGGAGCAAGUGAGCGUCUUGUGCUUACCGCUCGCUCAGCAGAUGCUUCUACUCAUGGACGUUGUGCUGCCGAUGCCUCAUCACACUCACAGCGACAGCAACGACUCCAACACGCCGCAGAUUGCCGAGACGUGCGCUGUCUGCGACGGAUUGUUCCCUGCCGCAUCGACAACAACCAGGCCGCCCACGGCGUCUGCGUUACUGGAGAAAUGCUUGCGGAGACUUCACUUACCGCCUUUACGACUCUUCUUCCAUCGGCAGAUGUUCCCGUCAAGUCAGCGCGCGUUGUGUCAGCUCUGGGGUGCUCAGCUGGAGGCCAAGGCCGCUGUUUCUAGGCAACAAGCGCGCUCUCAAGCGCUAGUGAUGGGAGACUCCUCCACACAGACCAAUACCUUUCCACUGCAACGGCAAGUGAUGUUGCUGUCGUCUCGAGCUGCUGCGGUCGCUGCUGCCGGCGCCAACUCACGCCUGCUGAUCCCGUUGCCUCGUGUGUACAUGGAUCUAUUCAUCCGAUACAACGAGAAGCCGACGGGCAUCUGUCAACAGUGCGCACAGGUCCCUCAACAUCCAGGACUGUGUCUCUAUUGUGGUGAAGUACUAUGCUGCUUCUCGCCGUGCUGCGAGGCAAAGGAAGGCGGCGGCGUGGGUGAGUGCACGCAGCACGCCCAGCGUUGCGGCCUUGGGAUGGGGGUCUUUUUACUGCUACGUGCGUGUACUGUGAUCCUCUUCUUGGGCAACGAACGACGCUGCGUGUGGGGCAGUCUGUACGUGGACAAGAACGGAGAGGAAGACCCGUACCUGCGGCGCGGCAAGACCCUGUAUCUCGACCAGAGCCGCCGUCAAGCGCUGGAGACGCUGUUGGUCUCGCACAGCUUCUCUCAGAACACAGCUAUCUUACAGAACACGUCAAGGCGCGAUGGCCGCCGGUAUUAAACACGUUGAAGUGUAGAAGUAGACUCAACAUCUUUGAGUAAUGAAAGGCACGAAGUACCUUACACGCAUU